AUGAUCGCUCAAAAUAAUGUCCGUAGUACGAACAACGAUCCCGUUGAAUCGUCCGAAUCUUCCCCAAUCACGGGACGCACGAAUGGUGUGGGAACAUCUCGUCUGAUCCGACAAUUUGGUAGUUUGUUUUCAUCGCCCGCACAAACUAAUGAUCCUGCAGGAUAUGUUGAAUUCGGAAGUAUUACUGAUCCUGUGACAAACUCUGGUCGAACGUUGGGAACGUUUGCUGGAGUGUUUUGUCCUGUAGCGUUAUCGAUGUUUAGUGCUUUGGUGUUUAUUCGAGUUGGUUUCAUCGUUGGUAAUGCUGGCCUGUACGUUACAUUACUGCAGUUUAUUAUCGCUUAUGUUAUUCUGCUCUUCACCGUUUCCUCUGUGUGCGCGAUAUCUACAAACGGCGCCGUAGAAGGCGGUGGUGUGUACUUCAUGAUAAGUCGCACUCUUGGCCCAGAAUUCGGCGGCUCUAUUGGCACGCUGUUUUUUCUGGCCAAUGUAGUGGGCUGCGGUUUGGCGAUAUCUGGAUGUGCUGAAGGUAUCAUACAAAACUUUGGUCCUACCGAUGGUACUGGAAGUGGCUCUAUUCCGGAUGGUCGCUGGUGGCGUUUCCUAUACUGCAGCUCUAUCAACACACUGAUGCUAAUAGUUGUUCUGAUUGGGGCGGAAAUGUUUGCGAAAACGUCUAUGAUGAUUCUUGGAGUGGUGGUUAUUUGCUUGCUCUCAACUUAUAUCAGUUUUCUUACUCAAGGACCAAUGGAAGUCGCCAUUCCGCAUGAAAACAGUUUGGUGAAUUUUACAACCGCCCAUUACACAGGCUUACAGGCAGAUACACUGUUAGCAAACUUGGCCACCAAUUACACAAAAGACUACACCUCAAAUGGAAACCAGGUUAAUUUUGCGGUUGUAUUUGGAGUACUGUUUUCCGGUGUCACAGGUAUCAUGGCGGGAGCUAACAUGUCCGGAGAUUUGAAAAAUCCAUCUAAAAGCAUUCCAGCGGGUACCCUUUCUGCCGUGCUUUUUACAUUCUUGUGCUAUAUGGCACUUUCGAUAUUGAUAGCCGCCACAACGACAAGUACGUUGUUACAAAAUAAUUUUUUGUUUUUAGGACCAAUCAAUAUUUGGCCAACAUUUGUAACUAUUGGCAUUUUGACGGCAACCUUUUCAACCGGAUUAAGUAAUUUGAUCGGGGCAAGUCGUGUAAUGGAGGCGCUAGCGAAGGAUCGUGUGUUUGGCCCAUUGCUUAGCUUUGUCGUAAAGGGUACCUUCAAGAGCAAUCCAAUCGCAGCCGUGAUUGCUAGCUGGGUUUUGGUAGAAAUUAUUUUAUUGAUCGGUUCUUUGAACACAAUAGCACAGAUCAAUUCUGUAUUAUUCAUGCUUGCUUAUUUGGCGACAAACUUAGCAUGCCUUGGCAUCGAUAUAACAGGAGCACCAAAUUUCCGUCCAACAUAUAAAUAUUAUUCAUGGCAUACUGCGUUCAUCGGUCUUCUUGGAACAGCUAUAAUGAUGUUUGUCAUUAAUUCCAUCUAUGCCUUGUCCAGUAUCAUUCUUUGUCUUCUACUGGUCAUUGCUUUGCAUUUGUUUUCUCCUGCCGCUCAAGGUGCACAAUGGGGCUCAAUUUCGCAAGCACUGAUGUUCCAUCAGGUUCGCAAAUAUCUGUUAAUGUUAGAUUCCCGAAAAGACCACGUAAAGUUUUGGCGACCGCAAAUGUUACUUCUUGUCUCUAGCCCACGUUCAUGUUGUCCGUUGCUACAUUUCGUGAACGAUAUGAAAAAGGGUGGCUUAUAUAUAAUUGGACAUGUUAAAGCUGGCGAAUUUGUUGAGAACGAUUCGUCGAAUGAUCCUACGAUAGAAGAGUACACGCAGUGGCUUUCGCUGGUGGAUCACUUGAAAGUUAAAGCCUUUGUUGAGUUGACUUUAUCUAGAAGCGUACGCGAGGGGAUACAACAUCUCAUUCGUAUUUCUGGAAUGGGAGCUAUGAAACCGAACACAGCCAUUCUUGGAUUCUACGAUGAGGAACAAUCGAGGGAUUUUUUUGAAUUUGAAGAUUCACCAUACAAAACGAAUGAAUUCGAUGGUAACGAAAUCAAGCUGUUUCCGUAUCGAAAGAGUGGUGAAACGAAAUCUAUGGGUGUAGUCGAGUACGUGCGAAUCAUCGAUGAUGUGUUGCGGAUGAAAAAAAAUUUAUGUCUCUGUCGUCAUUUCCAUCGAUUGGAUAAGCAAAUGAUUGCACGAAAUAACCACAUUCGCUUCAUCGACGUAUGGCCAGUGAACAUUUUUGAGCCGAAAAAUGAAGAUCCAUUCGAUGUUGUCUCACAGUUUAUGAUGCAGCUAGCCUGCAUCAUUAAAAUGUUGCCAGUUUGGAAGAAGCUUGAACUUCGAGUAUUUCUAUGCGAGUCUGAGAGCAUUCCAGAGAAUAGCGCCACCUUUGAACGUCCUGCUGAACAUAGGCUGGAUCAACGAUUGAAGUUAUUAAGAAUUUCUGCGUCAAUUCAUAAAAUCCCUGAGUGGAAUAAGGAUAUUGAUUUUGCGAAACAUCGUAGCAUUUUAAAACAGUUUACCGGAAGCAGUGAUAGUAAUCAAGUAAUGGCCGAAGAAAACAUCAAUCGUUCUAAGUUAUACAUGCAGAGAAUCAAUCAAAUUAUACGAGAUAGGUCGAACGCAACGGCUGUGACAUUCAUGUACCUUCCUACUCCUCCGGCUACGCCAUCCGUGGACUUUAAAGAAAAGUGUCACCAUUAUCUAGAUCUAUUGACUGAACUAACCUUUGAUCUACCACCCACUAUCCUUGUGCAUGGCAUAGAUGCCGUGACUUCUACCACUCUUUAAGAGGUAUAAAACAAAAGACCUGUUUCAUACAAAAUGGUGUGGAGUAGGCAGCGCAAAACUAGGUGUAAUUGACUGUAAAACACAUAUUGUAGUUGUUAAACAUACAACAGAGAAUAUUUAACACAAAUAUAAGUAUUUAGAAUUUAGCAUAUCCAUGCAGUUUAAUACAAGUAUAGUGUAGAUCAUAUUUUGAGUUUGUUAACACACGGCAAUUCAAUGGUAUUGACAUUGCAUUGAAAUCCCUAUUUAUUAUUUAUACCUCGAGCAUAUCACUGACAACAGUGAAUAAAUUUAUGAGUAAUGUCAGUAGAAGAAAACAUUUUACUGAUGAUUGGUAAAUUAUCCUCUAACUUGUUCGAUUUACACAUGUUUAUUAACAGGCGCAGCAUUCCUACGUGACAACAUAGCCUAACAGCCGUAAUAGAAUUUUUUUUAUAUACUUAUAAUUUAAGUAAUUGGUAUAAUUUUCGAAAGUCCAAUAUAAUUGUCAACUAUAGUAUUCACAUUGA